AUGCCCGAAAUCUUCCUUUUUAGUGGAGAUGACGUUGGAAAAGUUAAACUAUUACUAUCAUUUAAGACGAACACCAUGCCUUGCCUACGAUUUGAUAAUUGUAUCAGAAAUUGCGCGACUUGUGCUGAAAUCUUGACGCCAGGACGUUCAGACCUGCAUUUAUAUUAUAUGCUUCCAAAUUUCAUCAAAAUUCUCGGGAUUACUAUCACUACAAGCUUCCUUAUUACUCAUUACUGCACUCCGGCAAAAGAGAGAAUUCAAUCUUCAUUUUACGGAAUUCUGAUUAUUUUUGGCACAUUAUCAUUGCUUAAAACAUCAUUUUCAACGUUUUUAGCGUUGUUUUUAAGACUUUUUGACGAUUCUACUGUGGAAGAUUUAUAUAGUCCGUAUUACGAAGUGGUCCAGGUUGCUAUGUGGUUCGAUUGGUUUGGAGAUUAUUUUUCGGCGGAAAUGAUAUUUUUGAUGGCUUUUAAUCGGUGUAUUCAUUUUGCAGCAAAACCCGUUAGUUUGUGGGUUUUUACAAGAGCUCGUAUCCUGUUCCUCGUUUCCCUAUGUGCAUUUCUGGCAUCCAUCGCUGCAGUGAUUCUUAUCCAAACCUCAGAACUCCGGAGAAUUUAUAUCCGAAGAAUCGGAUUCGUGGAUACCGGCUAUCCGGGCUACCAAAUGCUCAUUAACCGGAUUUUCUACAUUUUUCCGUUUGGAUCCAUCAUUUGUUAUAUUGUGCUUUAUUUCCAUGUUCGGAGAAUGACACAGCAAGUCCUGUCCAGAAGAACUUCGGAAAACGGAAAACAGAGAGUUUUUGUGCAGCUUUUCAUCACUAUUCUGUUUUAUGGGAUAAUCUGCAUCCUCUUUGAAAUUGUAAACUCCCAAGUCUGGAUCACUGAAGUAAUGGACAAAGUUGAUGUAGUAGUGAUAUUAAAUAUAAUUAACUACCUCCCGGAAAUCUCGCUACCUCUGAUGCUUCUACUGUCGAAAACUGACAUGAAACGGAAAAUUACAACGAUAAUUGCUCCUCGAUCGAAUAAUGUCUCUUUUCCGCUUGCUUGA